GGCGGCGGCUCUCAGUCCGCUCGCUGGCCGGCGGGGUCGGCUGCUGCUGCUGCCGCCGCCGCAACAUGCCGCGGGUCGUCCCCGACCAGCGCAGCAAGUUCGAGAACGAGGAGUUCUUCAGGAAGCUGAGCCGAGAGUGUGAGAUUAAAUAUACUGGCUUCAGGGACAGACCACAUGAAGAAAGACAGGCCAGGUUUCAGAAUGCCUGCAGGGAUGGACGGUCUGAAAUAGCUUUUGUGGCCACAGGAACCAAUCUGUCUCUCCAGUUUUUUCCGGCCAGCUGGCAGGGGGAACAGCGGCAGACACCAACCCGAGAGUAUGUUGACUUUGAAAGAGAGGGAGGCAAGGUCUACUUAAAAGCACCUAUGAUUCUUAAUGGUGUUUGUGUUAUUUGGAAAGGCUGGAUAGAUCUCCAAAGACUAGAUGGCAUGGGCUGCCUGGAGUUUGAUGAAGAGCGGGCACAGCAGGAGGAUGCAUUGGCACAGCAGGCUUUUGAAGAAGCACGGCGAAGAACUCGUGAAUUCGAGGACAGAGACCGGUCUCAUCGGGAAGAAAUGGAGGUGAGAGUUUCACAGCUGCUGUCAGUUACUGGCAAGAAGACAACAAGACCCUAGCCCUGGAUCAAACCUAGGAAGUGGCGAUGAUCUGAAACUACGUUAAAAGAAGUGACCAAUGAGCCACACAUGCUUUUUAAUCUUGGCAAAUGAUCGCAUUAAAUGACCAGAAACUGUGAUAUCUGGGGAUAUACAAUAGUCUAUUCCCUGACCUGUGGCAGCCAAACUAUCAUGUACUGCCAUAGUUUGCACUAUGUUUGUGUUACAAUACCUGCAUUUCUGUUCUUUAAGCCUGUUGCCAGUGCAAAUUUGAGAUUCUUGUUUUCUAUGCAAGCUUAUAAUUUUGUUGGCACUGUUUUAGUGAAGACAGAACUUUAUGCAGCUAUAAAAAUGACUCCUUAACUGUAAUAUUCAUUUCAGACUAGGUCAAAACAUUGCAGAAUAAAGGUUUUUGUGAAUUUACUAAAAGCCAAAACUUUCUAAAGUAAUUUUUAUAUGGGCUUUUGGAAGUUUGGUUGUCAUUUGUGUUCUUUCUUUUAAAACAUACAUUCUUUGUAGGUUUUUUUAGGGGGGGGGGGUGAUUUUUUUCCUCUCUAAAUUUGCAAUACAUUUUACCCUAGUAAUACAAUAUUGUUGUUUUACUGAAUUAUGUAUUUGUAAUUUUCAAAAUGGUAAAAUCCCUUGAUCAAUUGUCUGCAUUUCAUUAUGUUUUAUAUGGCAAAACAUCAAGAUUUCAAUCACAUUUUGUUAUAGUUUCUGUUCCACACGUAUUGCUGAUGUUUAAUGUAUGCUCUUGUACAUAUAACCUGCUGAAACUCUUUACAGCCCAGCUUUGUUUUUAUUCAGGGACUUCUUAAAAAUAGAUCUAAAACGGGAUACUGCAACUUUCAUGAUUAGGCUGAUGCUAAAAGUGAUAUAUGUUUAAUACGAACAUGUUGAAAUAGCUGCUGUAGGUGUACUAUAUCUUUUCCUUAUUCUAACUGAAGUGAAAGUAUGAAUUGGGGUGUUUGAAUUGUAUGAAAAAAAAACAUACUGGCCAAAAGAGAUCUUUAUGUUUUGUUA